AUGUUUUAUUUGUUUAUUACUGCUUUCUUACCUGAUCUAUCUAUCUAUCUAUCUAUCUAUCUAUCUAUCUAUCUAUCUAUCUAUCUGAUUCCAUUCAUUAUCUAUCUGUCUGUCUCAUUCUGUUCAUUAUCUAUCUCAUUUUGUUCACUAUCUAUCUAUCUGAUUCUAUCUAUCUAUCUAUCUAUCUAUCUAUCUAUCUAUCUAUCUAUCUAUCUAUCUUAUAAUAUGAGCAAUGCCUGCCUGCCUGCCUGCCUGCCUGCCUAUCUAUCUGCCUAUCUAUCUAUCUAUCUAUCUAUCUAUCUAUCUAUCUAUCUAUCAUUUGAUAUAUUGGUCUUUGUAACGGCCAUUCCCUUUUCCAUAACUGAUUCAUCGUUUCUUUCCUCUUUUCUUUCAUUCAUCCCCAAUUUUUUCGUUUAUUUCGAACUGCCUUUUUAUUUUACCUUUUACUUUUUGUUUUUCCUUCGUAUUUCUUUUUUUUUAUUUUUCUUCCUUUUUCUUUUGUUUUCAUUUCUCUUUCUUUUUUGUCUCUUUUCAUUUGUUUUUCGUUUUAUUUUCUCCCCUGUUUUUUUUUCUUCAUUUGUCUUUCCUUUUCAUCUUUGCUUUUUAUCUGUUUUUGUUGUAUUUUACUUAUAUCUUUCUUUUUCAUCUUUUUCAUUUAUCUUUUUUUUGCGUUUUUUUUUAUUUAGUAUUUGUUUUUCGUUUUUCGUUUUGUUUUUCAUUUUCGUUUUUCUUGUCCUACGUUUUUGUAUAUUUUCUUUCGUUUUUCUUUUGACAUUCUUUGACAUUUUUUCAUUUGUCAUUCUUUUUCAUUUAUUUUCGAGGUGUUUAUUUUGUCUUUUUCCAUUUGUCUUUCUUUUUUGUCUUUUUAUAUUUGUCUUUCUUUUGCCUAUUUUCAAAUUUGUCUUUCUUUUUUGUCUUUUUCCUUUGUCUUUCGUUUUUCUCUUUUUUCAUUUGUCUCUCUUUUUCCUCUUUUUUCAUUUGUCUUCCUUUUUCCUCUUUUUUCAUUUGUCUUUUUAUUUCGUCUUUUUCCUUUUUCUAUUUUUUUUUUCGUAUUUCUUUUCUAUUGUUUCCCAUCUUUUUACUUUCAGUUAUUGUUUUCGAUUUUUUCCUCUUUUUCUGUUUACCUUUAUCUUUAUUUUGAAAAAAAAAAGUCUUUUCUAUUUUUUAGUUUCUUCCUCCUUCUCCCUUUGUUUUACGUUACUAUUGCUAUCUAUCUAUCUAUCUAUCUAUCUAUCUCAUUUUGUUCAUAUAUCUAUCUAUCUAUCUAUCUAUCUAUCUAUCUAUCUAUCAACAUAUAACAUAGUUCUAAUUCUUCUUCUGGUUCUGGUUCUUCGUCUUCUUCUUCUUCUUCUUCUCCUCCUUCUUCUUCUUCUUCUUCUUCUACUUCUUCUUCUUCUUAUUCCGGUUCAUUCUCUGUUCAUUCAUCUUCUUCUGGUUCUGGUUCUUUUCUUCUUCUUCUUCUUCUUCUUCUUCUUCUUCUUAUUCCGGUUCAUUCUCUGUUCAUUCAUCUUCUUCUGGUUCCUCCUCCUUCUUCUUCUUCUUUUCUUCUUCUAG